AGAACCAAUAAAUGGGCCAAGUAGACGCUCCACAACUGUAGAAAAACACAGGUUGUGUGAUUAUUUGCAUUUUCUCGUGCUACUUCCACCACCUACUGGUUACAACACCCCUUAAACGGCGAAAUUGCGAUAUGCGCUGGCACUGCCGACGCCUAGGCAGCAGGCAACCCAACAUACACCACUGCCCGAUGGUGGGGGCGUACACGUGAAGGUACAAGGUACUGAAUCAAUAUUAAAGGUAUGGGUGCGCCCUGAGGUGGAUUAGGGCUUCGUUUAGCCAAAUCGUGUGAUUCAGUCAAUCUAACGACGUAAAUUUUAGGCCACAGAACGAUCGUUUGCUGACCUUCCUUUGCCAGGUUUGCAGACGGACUUUCCUUGUGUUUUGUUCUUUUUUACACUGCCUUUUCGAAAGCUGCGGAGACGCCCGAACAUUAAACGUCAGAAUUAAAAUAAAUUUUAGUAUUCAGUCAUAAGUGGGGAAAUAACCUUUUAAGCCUCUUCGGGAGGAUGCUGUGUUCUUCAGUUUGUUUGUAAACUUUGCUUAUGUGUUUGAUCUGUGUUGAUGGAACAAUGGGACAUCCGUGAAGUCUAGAAGAGAGCAUCAUGGAGUUUCCUCGGAGCGAAAACCUGUGCGAGUGAUAAUUGUGAGAGGAAGCUUCCAGUGUUUUUUCCUUAUUUUAAAACAUCAACACAGACAUUGUUAAUAUCAACAAACAUUCGUGAAGAGGUUUGGGCAUGGUUUAAAGCCUUAUGUAGCACUACUGGUUGGUUCGGCCAGUGAGCCACUGUGGCCUAGGCUAGGCUACAAGCCCUCCUAGACCAAGAGGCCUAUUGUAGAAGUGGUGACUAACCUAGAUACAGAGGUGCGGCCUAAAAUGAAGUAGCAGUUUGAACCAUGAAACUGCCUCCAGCCACCGAUAUGAGCAUAGCUCCUGUUUCUAUUAUGGAAGUAGCUCACCACAAAGGUGAUUCGUCUGAUAAUUUUCGGAAAGGCGAGCAGGGUUAUGAUUAUGGCUUAGGCUCCAAGUGGGCUGGUCUGGUGUCUGAAGCCCGCGAGCUGGCCGCUCGGUUCAACAAGGACAUGAGCGGCGGCCAGGACAUGCUCAAUAUGAGCCUGGGUGGUGAAGAUCAAGAUCUGGAAGAUGAUGAGGAUGAUGAAGAUGGUGAUGAUGAAGAAGAAGAUGAGGAGGGUAACGAAGGUGUCGACUGCCCACCGAGUAUUCCCAAGAGUCUUUCAUCCAAUAUUCCAGCAAGUGCUCCUUCCACAGAAUUCAGCAAUGAUUUUCCUUUUGCUAAUGGUGUUGAUCAUGAUAGCAACAAUGACAAUGAUGAAGAAAAGAAUAACAUUUCUGGUGGUGCAAAUCCAUUUGGACUAGACACAGACCAAUGGUCGACAGAUGAAAGCAGUGACAGUGACGACGAUGUUCAAAAUGAUAUUCCUUUAAAGUAUCCCAAUAGUGAUCCACUUGAAUGUAAAUUCUGCGGGAAGAUGUAUACCAAAAUCUUUGGAUUGCAGCGUCAUGAAGCAGCUCACGAGGGCAAAAGUAUAUUUCAGUGCCGAUCAUGUGACCGAAUUUUUCCAUCGAGGGAUAGACGAGAAAAGCAUAAGUUGGAUAUGCAUUAUACUUGGAAGUGUCACCUAUGCUCUCAAUCUUUCCCCAAGUCUAAGCGCCUUGAAAUUCAUGUUGGAAUUGCACACAAUGGUAAAUUCUGGGAUGGUAAACAACUGUUAGAUGAACGCCCAGCUUCCGAAAUGUUUGUUUGCAACCAGUGUGGUAAAAGCUUUGCCAACAAAGCAGUAAUGAAAUACCAUAUUGAAUCAAACUGUGGCUCUGAACCAAAGUUCGUGUGUGCAACAUGUGGAAAGAAAUGUUUGAGCCAAGAUUCUUUGGCUUCUCACAUGUCAAUACACACAGGAGAAAAGGCAUAUCUAUGCCGUUUUUGUGGUGCAAGUUACCGAUCAAAGGGUCAAAUGAAAGUUCAUGAACGCACUCAUACUGGAGAAAAACCCUUUGAAUGCAAUAUUUGUGGUAAAGGCUUUGCUCAUACUGCUAGUUUGGUCACUCACAUGACAACUCAUACUGGAGUAAAACCCUUUCCCUGUGAUGUAUGCAAUGUUCGUUUCUCAUGUGUUGGGAACCUGCUGAAGCACAACAAAACUCAGACCCAUAUUUCCAAAGUGUUUGAAAAGACACCCCUUGACCAAGGCAACUCAGUAUAUCAGCAGCAGCCACUUCUAUCGGCAGGUGACAGGCAGCUCCAGUUUCCUGUCACUGAACCACGCAUACAGCGUGAUGAUGACAAUUCACAGGACCAUCUCAACUUCCUGGGCUACCUAAAUGGACCUGCAUUUCCGGGGGUUCACCCAAGUAGCAGUUCCAACCAUAUGUGGAAUCAUCAACCUGUUGAUGGGGAAGAGCAACAGCAGCAACAACAACAGCAGCAACAGCAACAACAGCAGCAGCAACAACAACAAAGUCAACAGCAGCAAUCUUCCUCAACUUCUUCAUCAUACUCUGGGUCUGGGUGCAGCUCCGGAGCUGGUGGGGGAUCUGGACAACAGCAGCCCCCUGAACCACCUCCACCGCCUCAUGAUCAGCAAAAUCAUGACUCAGGUCUUGUAGCUGUGAAAACAGAACCAGAAGAUGAAGACUCCGAAGAGAGCUCUCUUGCUAAUCAUACUGAUGCUAACACAAGCUCUACUUCCAACCCAAAUGCCUCUAAAUCCACAAUUGAUGACAGAAGUUCACCGUCACCUCUUGAUGCCAGUAACUUUAAUUCUGCUAACAAUGACAAGCCUUUCAGGGACAGGUUUGACAGUGAUGAUGAUGACAAUUUCUGGUGGGCUAUGGAUGAAUCUGAUAAUGAUAAAGGGGGUGAGCCCCUACCUGUCAAGGUGGAACUUGAAGAAGGCAGUGGGACUGAAUCCUUGAAAGAACCAGAAGUACCAGUUAAAAGGAAACGAGGAAGACCAAAGGGAUCCAAGACUGUGAAUAGAAGGGUUGAUAAAGAGAAGAAUGCUAAGGGAAAAUUCACCUGUGCAACUUGUGGUAAAGAUCUCAAAUUUAAAUCACACCUUGUCAGACAUGCUAAAAUGCAUCAAGAGGAGAAAAAGAGGAAACGGAGGAAGAAGAAGAAGAACAAGCAGAGGAGUCCAUAUACUGUUUCUAGCUCAGAAGAUGACAAUACUGACUGUGAUAAAGAUUCUUUCUUUGAUUGUGUCAGUGAAGACGAAGCAAUGCGCUUGGAACAAGUGAAGGAAGAGCCACUUGAUGAUGAGGAUGGCAAUGAUGAAGAUGGCCUGAAUGAGUCGCGAGAAGGCAAUGUUGCUGAUGAUGCAAGUGACAUACCACAAAUUGAAGGAGAAGUGAAAGUUAAGAAGAAGAGAGGGAGGAAGAAGAAGAGUGAGAUAGAGGGUGGAGACUGGGGAGAACUUGGACCUGAUGGGGAGCUUAGAAAGAAACGUGAAAGAAAGAAACCUAAAGAACCCUGUAUUUGUGGUGUAUGUGGGAAAGAUCUAAGGUUUAAAUCACGCCUGGCUGCCCAUAUUGCAAAUCAUACUGCAGAAGACAUGAAAGAGAAACUGACAGAGAAAGAUUCAUGCUGUCUCCUUUGCAAUAGAGAAUUUGGAUCUCCUGAAAAUUUGAAGCGUCACAUGGACCACACCCACAGUGACCAUGGUGGCAAGAAGUCACUUAUGACAUGUCGCUUCUGUCCCAAACAAUACAUUAAUGAAAUGAGCCUGCUUAAUCAUGAGGCUAGUCAUGGAGCAAGUGAUGUUGGAACUGUUCAGUGUGAGGCCUGCCCACGCAUGUUCCACAACACCAAAGCCUUGUCCCGGCACAAACUCAAAGAGCAUGGGGAAGGAAACUUCAAUUGUGAAAUCUGCAAUAAACUCUUUGGAACAAAAGACUACCUGAUGAAUCACAUGAAAUCAAAACACAUGCCCAAGGAAAAGACCGAUCCUUUCACCUGCCAUCGUUGUGGCAAGCAGUUUGAGAGGAAACCAACAUUUGUGAUCCAUGUUGAAAGUCAAUGUGGGACACAACCACAAUUCCCGUGCUCCAUUUGUGGUAAAGGCUUUGCUAGUCGAGGAAGUCUUGGGACUCAUCUCCUGAUUCACACUGGCCAAAAGUCAUUUUUGUGCAGAUUUUGUGGGAAGGCUUUCAGAGCUAAGGGUGAGGUGAAGCGUCAUGAAGUUAAGCACACUGGAGAAAGGCCAUUCAAAUGCAAAAUUUGUGGAGAAGGUUUCCCAUACCGCGAGUCACUUGUGACUCACAGUGCUGUGCACACUGGUAUCCAGCCAUACUCGUGCAAAGGAUGUGGACGACGUUUCUCCUGUUCAAGUAAUCUUGUGAAACAUAAAAGGGUGUACAAUGGCUUAUGUAGUGCGAAAAACCAAGGAAACCAGCCUGGUCCUGGUAAUCGCCGCAACAAUGCUGGUUCCAAUAUGAACCAGGUCCAUGCAGCUGCAUUAGGAAACCAAGGAAAUCAGUCUGCAUCCAUGUCAGCAUCAAAUCUCUCCGCAGCUAACUUAUCGUCGAAUCUCGCUUCACCUGGUUUGUCGGCAGCCGAUUUGUCUGCAGCUAAUUUAUCAGCAGCAAAUCUGUCUGCUGCAAACUUAUCAGCAUCCAACCUUUCUGCAGCCAAUAUGUCUGCCUCAAAUUUGUCCGCUGCUAACCUUUCUGCUGCAAAUUUGGCAGCUUCAAAUCUAUCUGCCUCCAGCUUAUCAAGCAAUUUGGCAGCAAAUCUAUCAAAUAGUCUCAACAAUAUGUCAAACCUACCCGCCAACCUUGCAUCGAAUCUGGCAUCGAAUCUGGCAUCGAACUUGGCAUCAAACCUAGCAAAUAAUUUGGCUGCAAGUCAAGCUGCUCAAGCAAUGCAAGCUGCCCAGGCUGCCCAAGCUGCCCAGGCUGCCCAAGCUGCUCAGCAAGCUGCCCAAGCUGCGCAGUUAUCUCAGUCAGCUAUUCAAGCUGCACAACAUCAACUCAGCCAAGUUCUUCUUGCAAACCACAGUAAUGAGAGUAAUGACUCUAUCCAUGCAAGCCAACACCAGCUUUUAGCACAGGCUCAUCAAUCGUCACUUUCUCAAGCAAGUCUUCACAUGAGGCCCCUACAACUGUCUCAUCAUGGAGCACGCACACCUCAGCCCCAGCCAACACCCUUAUCGCAUUCUCAGUUGGCUUCUCCUCCUCCCAUGAGCCCAAUACCAUCACCUCUUCCUCAUCAGACUCAUCAUUUGCAAAGUAACCAUCACCAGAUGCAUCCCACCCAUUUGUCGCAAAAUCCACACCACCACCUUCACCACCUGACGCAGUUCAACCAUCAUCACCAUCAAUACAGUCAGCCUGCUCAUCUUGGCAGCCAGCAUCACCAUCACCAAAUGCAGGCAAAUCACCACCAGCAUCACCACUUGAGUCAAUUGGCUCACCAGCAGCACCAUCUGCCGCAGCCACUACAGCUGACUCAUCCUUCCCACCCAUCACACCAUGCACAUAUUUCCCACCAACAGAAUCCCCAUGCACAUUCACCCUCAUUGCUACCUUUGUCGUAAUGAGAGAAUUAUCCCCUUCAUGUGAUGAAAUUUCAUUAACUUUUGGUUCAUGCUAGUUCUAAGUAGAUAUUUUGAAUCAUCUUUUUUUUCUUUUCUUUUAGAAUGUGUUUAUUGAUCAGACUGACUUUGCUGACUUCCAAGUGACCUUAAGCAGAAAAAUGCAUUUUAUUUGUUCUCUGUUUCAAAGCAAAGGAUGAUGUUUGAGAAAUAGUCACAUGUUUAGUUCUUGUUUGAUGCAUGCCAAAUGUGUAUUUACUUCUCAAAACCCAUACUUGGUAUUUUCAAGAUGAGAGGUUACUAAGCUAAGUGAACUACGGUAAUGUAUUAUGCUUCUUUAAGUGUUUGUCUCAGUGGAAGUAUUGCUGGUCUUUUGAUCUUGUUUCUGCAAUUCAUUGACCUAUGCUUUUCAAAGUGCUUUGGAUCCAUUUUAUUAUUUUUAUUCAGUAUUUUGAUUGACAUACCUCUUUUGAUGAUUUAUAGUUCAAUUUCUUGAAACAGUAUUUUAUUCUCUGAUUACAAUUUCUUAUGUGACUUGCAUCACUCCACAGAUCAUAAAUAUAUUGUCUUAACUUGUCUAGUAUAUGUAGGUUCAUUGUCUUGCACUGUGAAAUAUUUGAGUGAUAGAUGACCUGGCUUGUGAGGUUGAGGUUUGUUUGGUUACAUGUGAGGUGAUAGGUUGUUUGGUUUGAAAGAAGUGAUGUACCUUAACCUAGGUUAGUUUUCAACAAUUAUAGGUACUCUACCAAUAUUCCACCGUUUCUUACCUUAUAUACAUUAAAGCAAAGUGUUUUAGAGUUUUCAUAAAUCAACUAAUCAUUUCUCUGAAGAUUAUGAAGGAUGCUCGCUGCAUCUUUUUUAUUCUCUGACUUUCUUAUUGGUACUUUGUAUCGAUGAUGGCAUGCUGCUAGACUGAUACAGACUGAUGAUCACAAAGUACAUCAUAUCACUCGAAUGCAUCAUUUGGUCAUGUAUUAUGAAUUUGGUUUGUAGGUUCCUGUAAAGAAGGACUGUGUUGUUUUGGGGUCUGUUUGAACCAUAGCACUUCCUGCUUUGAUCUAAUAUCUUAUGUAUAUUAUUUACCAGAAUGUACUUAUUCCUAUUCAUCAUCAAUUAUCACUGUAAUCAACCAUUUUCUUUAUUUUAUUUUUUUCAAUAGCUUUAUGUGUAUAUUAUGUUACAUGCUAGUUUCUGCAUAUGCGUGUAUAAUUUUAUGUUUGUUGAAUUUUGCAUAUUCAUUAAGCCUAUUUUGGGAGGGCAUGCUGCUUUUCUCUUGCCUCUUGCAGGCAUGAUAUCUUGUGCCAAUGAAAAUAGCACUAUACUACUUUGGACCAAAACCUGCCCUCUCAAAAUGGCAUAAUGAAUGUAAUUUUAAAAAUUGCAUGAUUGUUUUGGGUUGGGUUCGUGAGAAUUAUUUCACAAGACUGUAUUUGAUGAAUGGCAAAUUCAUAUAUGUAUGGAUAAAUAUUUCACAUGUUUAAUCCCACAUGUGUGACAUCCUUUAUACUAGUAUGGAGUUAUAUUUAACAUCUGAAGAUUAUGUACAAAGUAUUUUCCACUCUCCUCAUUAUCCAUAACUUGGCCCAGAUAAUGCGGAAGAAAAUGUGCCAUUUAACAUUCUACCUGAUGAAAUUUACAAAAUUUUGUGUAGUUAUAUAUGAAAAUAAUAUUUCAAAAUGGUUUCAACUUGCUGGCCUGGUUAAGCUUAUUCGUGUUGUAGUUUCUCUGCUGGUUACAAUGCAACUGACAAGCUGCUUUUGAAAAGGUUAAUGAGGUAUCAAUGAAGGGACCAUGUUUUGAGACUACUUACCCCUCUGACAAGAAAAGAAAGGAAUAUUUCAAGGAGAAAAAGUAAGAAUUUCACUUCACAUUUACCCCGUAGACUUUUUGCUGGAUCCAUCUUGACCAGGCCAGAAAGUUUCCCUUUUGAAAUGUAGAAAUUAAGGUAUUUUAGUCUUAUUGUUCCAAUACUGCACAUAUCCCCCUUUCUACCUACCUUGUGGUGAUGUCAGUAUUGGCAACAAUUAUGGACCAUUGUUAAAGUGAUAAAAGUCUGCUCGAGGUGUGGUACCUGUCAUGUACCAAUAUUGUUACAGAAUUUCUUACAGUAAUUCUUGAAUUUAUUUUCGUUGGCUACAUUUUGGCAUUCCAUAUCAAACAAACAUAGUCAUGAUUGCUGUGAGUUGUACAUGAUUGGUAUUCAAUUGCAUGAACUUUAGACUGCACAUUUAGCUUUUGUUUUAACUUUGGGAAAGUACAAUUAUAUGUCGUCAGUAUUACAAAAUUUUUAAAUUAAGUAGAUUGAAUAUUUGUUUCUGAGGUCUGCCCAAUAAUAUCCCAAUUAACAUGUCAUUACAAGUUGGGGGCACAUUCUCCAUUCAUGCCUUCACAGGUUUAAUGUUACAUUUGUACCUUGUCAUAGUCUUGUCAUGCCAUUUCCUUUAUUGAACAUGUCAUAUGUUUCUGCUGUCCUUUUGGUUCUCAAGUUUUGCAUGUUGGAAUUUGUUCAAGGCUAUCAUUUGAGGAUUGUCUCCACUUCUCCCUGAUGAAUUUGUUAUAACUUCUCAACAAAUAAUACUUUUUGCAGAAAAAUUCUCCCUUUUUAUUUUAAUAUUGUCUCAGAGUGUAAGUUUUAUUGUGUGUUUAUUUGUUGUCUGUUUUCUUGGUUGGGCUUGACAAAUCAAAUUAAAUGGUGAAUCUUGUGUUA